GAAGUGCUGCCAGAGGGAGGAGGCGGCUGCAUUUAAAAGGCGGAAAGUCAGAAGACUCCACGAGCACUGUGCUGCCUCAUAGCGAGGGGCUAUGGCCAGAUAAUUCCCAUUUCCCCUGACAGGAGCUUCUAAGCGUUCCAUGUCCCCUUUGGUCAAAUUCCAAGGAGAUACGUUUUCAUUUUCUCAAAGAAAAGGCAAAAAGAGUUGCAGCCAGUGGUAUUUACUGUCAUGGAGACCAAGCGCCAUAACAACCCUCAGGAAACACCCACACCCUCUAGUGAUGGGGGGGCUUCCUUGGAAGAAAUGUUGACUCAAGCUGUUCAAGAAGCAGACAUUGAGCAGGUCCGGCAAUUGCUAGAAAGAGGGGCUGAUGCCAAUUUCCAGGAAGAGGAAUGGGGCUGGUCACCUUUGCAUAGUGCAGUGCAAAUGGACAGUGAGGACCUUGUGGCUCUUCUGCUGAAGCAUGGCGCCGACCCUUGUCUGCGGAAGAGGAAUGGGGCCACUCCCUUCAUCAUCGCUGGCAUCACCGGGAACGUGAGGCUGCUCCAACUCUUACUUCCUAACGUGGAAGAUGUGAACGAGUGCGAUGUUAAUGGCUUCACAGCUUUCAUGGAAGCCGCCGUGUACGGUAGAGUCGAAGCCUUAAGGUUCCUGUAUGAGAAUGGAGCAGACGUGAACAUGCAUCGAAAGACAAAGCAGGAUCAAGAGAGGAUUCGGAAAGGAGGGGCCACCGCCCUCAUGGAUGCUGCUGAAAAGGGGCAUGUGGGUGUCGUGACGAUCCUCCUCCACGAGAUGAAGGCAGAGGUCGAUGCCCGUGACAACAUGGGCAGAAAUGCUUUGGUCUAUGCUCUUCUCAACCCCGACGAUGGGAAGGCGAAGGCCAUCACUCGCCUCCUGCUGGACCACGGGGCCGAUGUCAAUGUGAGGGGGGAAGGAAGUAAGACGCCCCUGAUCCUGGCAGUGGAAAGGAAGAAUCUGGAUUUGGUGCAGAUGCUUCUGGAACAAGAACAGAUAGAAGUGAAUGACACAGACAGAGAGGGCAAGACGGCCCUGCUGCUUGCUGUCGAACUCAGACUAGAGGAAAUCGCCAAGCUGCUGUGCCACAGAGGGGCCAGCACAAAUUGCGGGGACCUUGUGGCAAUAGCGAGACGCAAUUACGACAGUGACCUUGUGAAGUUUCUUCGCCUUCAUAAAGCCGGAGAAGAUUUUCGCCCUCCUGCUAAAGACUGGAAGCCUCAGAGCUCACGCUGGGGGGAGGCCCUGAAACAUCUGCACAGGAUAUGGCGCCCCAUGAUUGGCAAACUCAAGAUCUUCAUUGACGAAGAGUAUAAAAUUGCGGACACUGCUGAAGGGGGCAUCUACCUGGGGCUCUAUGAAGACCAAGAGGUGGCUGUGAAGCGGUUCAGUGAAGGCAGCACACGGGGACAACAGGAAGUCUCUUGCCUGCAGAGCAGCCGAGCCAACGAUAACGUGGUGACGUUCUAUGGCAGUGAGAGCGACGGGAGCUGUCUGCAUGUGUGCCUCGCGCUGUGUGAGUACACGCUGCAGGAGCACUUGGCCAACCACCGAGGGGACGCUGUGCCAAACGAGGAGGAUGAGUCUGCCCGAAACAUCCUCUCGUCUCUGUUUAAAGCUAUUGGAGAACUCCAUCGCUCUGGAUACUCUCACCAGGAUCUGCAGCCACAAAACAUCUUAAUAGAUUCCAAGAAUGGUACUUUCCUGGCAGAUUUUGAUAAAAGCAUCAAAUGGGCUGAAGAUCCACAGAAAAUCAAAAGAGAUCUAGAGGCCCUAGGAUUGCUGGUCCUCUAUGUGGUAAAAAAGGGAGACAUUUCUUUUGAGACACUGAAGAAUCAAAGUUUUGAAGAGGUGAUUCAAGGCUCUCCAGAUGAGGAGACUCGGGACCUCAUUCAUCACCUGUUCCACCCAGGGGACAAUGUGGAGGACCGUCUGAGCAGCCUGCUGGCUCAUCCCUUCUUUUGGAGCUGGGAGAGCCGUUACAGGACCCUUAGGGACGUGGGAAAUGAAUCUGACAUCAAAACGCGAAAUCAAAACAGCAGAAUCCUCCAGCUACUGCAACCUGGAACAUCUGAACUUUCUACUAGUUUUGCCCAGUGGACAACUAAGAUUGACAGCUUUGUUAUGGAAGAGAUGAAUGCAUAUUAUAAAAAAAUAAGCAAAAAAAAGAAGGCAAAACAUACAAAUGAAGGCAAUCUCUAUCAGGAUACUUUGGGUGAUUUGCUGAAAUUCAUCCGGAACUUGGGAGAACACAUCAAUGAACAAAAGAAUAAAAAGAUGAAGUCGAUAAUUGGAGAACCUUCUCAGUAUUUUCAGGAGAAAUUUCCCGAUCUGGUCAUGUAUGUCUACACGAAACUACAGAACACAGAAUAUAUGAAGCAUUUUCCCAAAACUCACAAUCCAAACAAGCUGAGGUGUGAUGGAGCUGGUGAUGGCCAGACCUAGUGGCUUCUGAAUUCAGGGACGUGCUUAUUGGCUGUGUGAUCCUGGGCAAGUCACAACUCUCUGGGCCUCUUAACUAACCGGAUGGCUUGUGGGCAAUGAGUUGGAUAGCUGAUGUGUCAGUUCCUGGCACCGUGCUCAGCAUUCCCCACAUGUUUACAACAAAAAAAGUAUAUGCUCAAACUAUUCUAGUCCUUUUACAGGAAAACUUAGGAGUUCAUCCUAAGAUUCCUCUUGUCAAUUGCACCAAAGGAAUAAGU